AACUCGUUAAACUCGUUUGAAGGAAGGUUUCAUGUUACCAUUCUUCUUAAUCACUCACCCGACGCAUUCUUCUUCUUCUUCUUCUUCGCAGUUUCUCACCAACGCCAACAAUGUCAGAUCCGAACCAGAUUUCGUUCGGUCAAGCCUUCUUGUGCAGCGCUUUCGCCGCUUGCUUGGCCGAGUUUUGUACUAUUCCUCUGGACACAGCUAAGGUCAGACUUCAGCUCCAAAAGAAGGGAGGCGUUGAUGAUGGAGUGGGUUCACCUAAAUACAGGGGCUUGCUGGGCACUGUUAAGACCAUUGCUAGAGAAGAGGGUAUAUCAGCUCUGUGGAAAGGCAUUGUUCCUGGUUUGCAUCGCCAAUGUUUAUAUGGGGGCUUAAGAAUUGGGUUAUAUGAUCCUGUCAAAACAUAUCUUGUUGGUAGUGCAUUCGUUGGAGAGAUUCCUUUAUACCAUAUGAUACUUGCUGCUCUGCUCACAGGUGCUUUGGCAAUAACAGUUGCUAAUCCAACUGACUUAGUCAAAGUUAGGCUUCAAGCUGAAGGUCAAUUCCCAUCUGGGGUGCCUAGGCGUUAUUCUGGUGCUAUUGAUGCGUAUUUAACUAUAUUGAGACAAGAAGGGAUAGGGGCAUUGUGGACUGGGCUUGGGCCUAAUAUAGCACGGAAUGCAAUUAUAAAUGCUGCUGAACUAGCUAGUUAUGAUAAAGUGAAACGGAUGAUUUUGAAAAUUCCAGGGUUCAUGGACAAUGGCUAUACUCACAUCUUAGCUGGCUUAGGUGCAGGUCUAUUUGCUGUCUUUAUUGGUUCUCCUGUUGAUGUGGUCAAAUCCAGGAUGAUGGGGGAUUCAACCUACAAAAGCACAUUUGACUGCUUUCUCAAGACUUUGUUUAAUGAGGGAUUUUUGGCAUUCUAUAAAGGUUUCCUUCCUAAUUUUGGUCGUGUAGGAGCCUGGAAUGUCGUUAUGUUUCUUACUCUUGAACAAGCCAAGAGAUUUUUUAGAGGAUAAUUGUUGUUACUCUUAAUGGUUGAGAUUCAUUAAGCAAAAAUAGAGUUCUUUCUCGGAUGAGUGCUAUCAGAUGGUCAACGGAUUUGCUACAGAAGAAAGGCCGCCUUUCUACAUUUGUUUCUUGCUUCUGCCAUGUGGAUGGAUGCCACGCUUCAUAUAUUCUUAGUCAAUGAAUAAACCGUCAAAUUGCCUUUGGUUGUUACCUACUUGUGCCAUGUGGAUGCUCGGUUCAACAUUCUUAGCCAAUGAAUAGACCGUGAACUUACAUUUACUUGAAAGGGCUGCACUGUACUGUAUCGAUGAUAUGUAUGCAUAUUUUUUUGGGAAAUAAGUUGUUCAUUUCCCAACUCAUUGAAUAGACAG